AUGAAGAAUCCUAUAGAUUUAUUAUGUUUACAAACACCCGAGGAGGCUCGAUUGUCAAAAAUCUUGGAAUCCUACAAGAGAAACCUGGCCGAGAAGAUGAUGUCGUACGCCUACUCGAAAUUAAUCUUUUCAGACUAUUACUUGAUAAAACUCAAUAAUAUGAAGAAAAAAUACGACGAAAUGAGCACAACCUCAAAGACUAUUAAACAUUUGCUUAUGAUUGACCCUCUGGAGAGGAUAUUGAAGGAGGAUCUGGAAUAUUUUGUAAUUUCCCUAGUUUUGUUAAUAAUUUAUUAUAAUAAUUUAAAUGAAGCGAAAAGGCUUUUAAAUUAUGACAUAAUGAAGGACAUAAGGUGCGAGAUCUUUAAAAAACAAGGCUUCAACUUCACGCUAUACCUCAAUGAUCUGGAAACUUUCAUAAUUGAGCGCGGUUCUCUCCUAGAACCGAGAGUUAAAAGAGCUCUUUCAAACGGAGUAAAACACAUUAAUAUUUGCAAUACAAAAAUACCACUGGCUUAA